CGGGGGACGAUCUAGGCAUCAUUGGCCCCAUUAGCAAUUUACCGGCCCCAUGCCCUGUCAUCAGCUCUAGGAAAGGACAGCCCCUCGUCGCGUCCAGGCAGCAUCAGGCUUAGCGGCCGCCACACCUGUGACGCUCAGCCUCAAGCCCAAACGCCAAGAUUCACGAUAUCACCACGUCUCCAAUUGAAGGUAUCCGCUGCUUCACUAAGUUUCGGACGCAAUCGCCUAUAAAAAGCCCAUAACGGUCCCUCAGUCGCUCUCCUCAUCGACCAAUAUACUAUAUCCAACUCUGCUCUGCGAUCAAUUGCCAACCACAUCUAUCCAAACUGUCGACUUUUAUUUUGAUACUGCUUCACGCGCCAUCCUCAUCAUGGCACACUUUCCAAAGAUCCCCUGCCCACCAGAGCAGCUCGCAUCCUACAUCGCAGAUCAUCCAGAAACGCCCAUCACGGAAAUUCUAGCCCCCUUCCGUCAGUAUGAGGCUCAUCUCCGAGGAGUGUUCGCACAGGACCGUCAAAAUCCUCUUCUUGCCGACCCUCAUAUCAACCUCCUACCCCUCUUCACCAGUGACACUAGCCGCAUCACCACGCGUGCCAGAAACUUGGAAGUUGAGACCGAAGAGGAGAAAUCUCGAUAUGUCAUGGAACUUCCCGCUGAAAAAAGGAGGGCCAAUGGAACUCCAGCCACUGUUGCCAACAUUGAAGAAUUCCGUCACAAUUUCAAUCUCUUCUCUGAGUCGUCCCUCACGGAGAUGGAUUGGAGCAAUGUUGUUGCCGCUGGUUCUUCUGUCGUCAACUGUCUACUGCCCGUGCCAGAUGAAUUCAACGUAAACAAACGCAAGCUCCGCGAAUAUUACCACGAGAAGUUCUGUCCAGCAUCCGAUGUGGAUUUGUUCUUGUACGGUCUUACACAUGAACAAGCUAUCGAAAAGAUGAAGCAAAUUGAACAAGCAGUCCGCGACUCAGUACUUCACGAGGUUACCGUUGUACGAACCAAAUAUGCAGUGACUAUUGCAAGCCAGUACCCAGUUCGUCAUAUUCAGAUUGUUCUCCGCGUGUACAAGUCCAUUGGUGAAAUUUUAACCGGAUUUGACAUUGACGCCGCUGGUGGCGCUUAUGAUGGCAAACAGGUUUAUGUCACACCUCGUGCGCUAGGCAGCUUCAUUACUCAGAUCAACCACAUCGACCUAAGCCGCCGCAGCCCUUCAUAUGAAAAUCGCCUUUCAAAGUACUCACACCGCAACUUUGAGAUUUAUUGGCCGGAAUUGGAUCGAUCACGUAUUGAUCCUACAAUCUAUGAGCGCAGCUUUCAACGCACGUUGGGACUAGCUCGACUCUUGGUCUUGGAGAGAUUGCCGACAACAUCUGUUCGUGAGAAGUAUCAGAAUCAGAGACGGCAGGAACGUGGCCGACCUACUCUCUACCGGAAUCACUUCCGCCAAUUCGGCGACAUCAAAAGCAACUACGAGGAUGAAGUUGCCGACUGGUUAUCUGAGGAGGAAGUCAGCAGUUACCAUACCUUUACCAUUCCCUAUGGUCAAAAGUUCAACGCCAAGAAGAUUGAAAAGCUAUGCUAUUCCAGAGAUCUUUUGCUAAAUGCGGAAUGGAAUCAGCCAAAAGAUCGAAAAGUCUAUCUUCAUCGUCAUCCAGCCUUCUUUGGCCGAGUGCAAGAUGUAAUUGAAGAUUGCUGCGGCUCCUGCCCUACUGCCUCCACAAAAGAUGAAAUCGAAACUGCCGAGAAAGAGGCCGAAAUUUAUAUCUCUGGCAGUAUCUCGUUCCUCAUUGACGAUCCUGGUCGACAGCAAAUCGGUUCGUUUAAUCCCUUGACUGAGGAGGAUUGGACUGACAUGGCUUAUGUUGGCAAUACCGCCAGACUCUGUCAGUCCAUCGUUGAUAACGACACUGAUGACAUUCUCAAUUGGCUUUCUCAGGAGGGUGCGGAUAUCAAUAAGCGUGACUAUACAGGGCGUACACCUCUCCAUCUUGCAGUGACAUCCUCGACCGCAGACACGGUCAAGUGUUUAGUGGAUCACGGUGCACGCCUGACGGCCCGCCUUGCUGAUGGAAGAACAGCCUUGCACCUAGCUUCAUCUAGAGGAGAUGUUGCUAUUGUCAAAAUACUAAUGGAAAGGAGCAUUGAGAAUGAGGCCCAAUUUGAGGAUAGCAAAGAUGCCGUGGCUCGAGAUGAUGAUGAGCACAGCAUACCAGGCGACGAUGAAGACUCCGACCUAGAGAUGGUUGAUUCUAAGACCGAUAUCGAUGUCAUGUCUAUUACUACUGCAUCGUUCGUCAAGGUUCCCAAAGCGGAUGCAGGUGAAGAAGAUAUCGGCCCAGAUGAAGUUCACGAUGAGCCUGACUACUACAACAUUGACGUUCUGGCAUGGGAUAUGCCCUGUUCGCCCCUCCAUCUCGCCAUAGUUGGGGGACAUGAAGGGGUUGUAUCAUUGUUAUGCGAUUAUGGUGCUGACGCCAUUUUGCCCGUCAAAUUCCUGCAAGAAAAUGACAAUAAGGCAAUUCUGACACUUGUUUUAGCAUUGAAGCUACCAAAGAGCAAAGCCAUUUCAAUGGUGAAGCUUCUCUUAAAGCUUGGUGCAAUUUCUUCCCAAGCUGAUACAAAUAGCUGGACAGCGUUUCAUCGAUACGUUGACAACAACGAGAUGGAGGCUAUUGACGUGCUGCUUGAAAAUGACAAGACUGCUGUAAAAGCUGCCAUUAAUCAUCUUGCAUUUAAUGGAUAUUCCUGGAACCCUUCGGCAAUCUCGCCUCUACAAACAGCAAUCGAGUCAGAAAAUAGUCUUGUUAUAAUGAAGCUACUUACAGCUGGCGCUUCACCACACAUAGACUUCGAGGCUUGGCUUAAGGCGGCAAAGCUGGGCUCAAUGUAUAGAGAUCUUUCCAAUUUUGAGGUGAACAAACGUCAUUUUGCUAGCUCUAUCGAGCAACCUAUUAUCACUGCAAUUCGCCAUGCGAACGCAGAUUUGGUAGCACAGCUCCUGGACCGAGGUGUCAAUCCAGACACCCUAACGUCGACUGGAAACAAAAUCGUUCAAAACGACAACUUUCAAACUUGGGAGAGAGCGGAAUCUGCUUUGGAUCUUGCGCAGCGCACACUGCGAAAGUUGAGGGCUUAUAAACCCAAGGAUAGCGAAACCGAAGUGACCUGCGAAGUCGCUCUGGCCGACUGCAAGGCAUUCUUGGAAGUCCAACCUGAAGAUUCGUACAAGAAGUGGCUUGUCCACCGUGAUCUCAUCGGUCGGAAGGAAAGAUGGGAGACACGAAAGCACAUCUUGCAAGAAAAGCACCAACAAACAGCGGCUGGUAAAGUCUUGAAGGCAGAGGCCAUCAAGACCGCUAUCGGCGAGCUUGAAAAGAUUGAGCUGAUGUUGGUUAGCAAGAAUGCGAAAGGCUUUAAGGAGCUGUAUCCAAAAUAUCAGUAUUCUGGUCGUGAAGAUUCUGAUAAUUUUGACCGAUAUGACAAUGUUUACGGCCUUCCUCAGGAGUUGGAGAAAUAUCAAUUCUCGCCCCAGUUUGUUGGCGACUCGGAUAUGACCCCAGAUCGGUUGGAAGGCUACAUGGAGCUGAUGGAUGCUGCUUGGUCUGGCGAUGCAGAGCGUAUCAAGCAACUCACAUUACAACCAUGGGGCACAAAUGGCUCCUUAAUGCCUCUAAAGAUGGACAUCAGAGAUAUUCAUGGGAACACGCCAUUUUCGAUUGCCUUCUUGCGUGGGCACCACAACGCCACUCGUCGCGUUUUAGAGGUUAUCCAAGCCCAGUGGUCGCCAAAAGAGACAGAAGAAGUCCGUUACAAACUUCGCGACGAUGGUGAUGACGAUGACGAAUAUGAACAUUCGGAUUACGAAUCAUCCGACGAGGAGUCUGAUCAGGACAUUAUUUCUGAAAAGCUGAAUCAGCCAUUCACCAUUGACAACGUCGGAGAAGUGUCAAUCCAAGUCAAGUCUCAUACGAAGCCCGUAGAACUCCUUACCCGAAUUUUCAAUAUCUCCCUACAUUUGGACAACAGGAAAUUGAAUGGGGACACACAAUGCCGACUUACACGGCAGGUGUUGGAGCAGGACGAUAUCGUGGGUUUAAAGCUUCUCAUUGAACUUGGCCAACAGUACUCAAAUUCCAACAACAAUGACGACGGAAACGAAGAAGGACAAGACUCAACUUUUACAUUCCCAGCGGAUGACUUUAUUUUCGCAGUUCAGAAAGGAAAGGUUGACUUGCUCAGACAUAUCAUCAAACGCACCGGUGCUGGACUGCCUUUAGACCAUUUGGUUAAAAAGAGUGGUAUUCAGAUUAAGAAGAAGCCACGCUAUUACCAAGGCUUAACAGUUUACGGUAAAAAGAGAAAUGAUUGGGCAACCGCCGGACGCAACAUGGUUGUGAGAACUGAAGUGUCUAAUACGCCCCCUCUUCUCCAUGCUGCAAGGGGAGGUUGUAUUGAAAGCGUCGAAUUCUUUAUGGGCGAUGCUCCACAUCGCCUAUUUACCGAGUUUGCGAAGUCCAAGGCGGGUAGAGAAGAUAAACGGCUUGAUAUUUUGCGAAAGAGCCGUGGGGGCGUUGAUCUAGCAAUCUCCAAGUGGCUCGGCGCCGAUAAUGAAUGGGUGCUUCACUGUGCGAUUUUAAGCGAACCCAGCGAGGCGUCGUCAGAGGUUGUACAGUAUCUCAUCCAAACAUGCCCAAGUGCAUUGGAGAAGAAAACAAGCAGCGGUGCUACUCCUCUUUUGCUGGCUUGCACCUUUGGUAGGAUUGAUUCCAUCAAGCAGCUGAUCAAAGCUGGAGCAGAUCAAUCCACGAAGAACCACUCUGGUGAAAAUAUCCUGCACGUUCUGUUGGCUCAAGGCGCCCCAAUAUGUGGAGUUGAAGCUGUGUUCAAGCUUCUGGAUCCUGAGUUGAGAUCGCAGCUGUUUAUGCAACGGACCAAUUUAGCUAGCGGCGGGAACACUCCGUUGCAACAGUGGAUGUCGCGACUUGGACAACAUAAUAGCAGUGAAGCCUUUUCUCAGGACAAUCGCAUGCUGAAGAUGAUACUGAAAUUCUCGGGAGGAAAGGAGCUCAAUCAGCUCAACAGUGGUGGUGAGAGUUGUCUUCAUUGGGCAGUCAUGACGUCUCGCAUCAACAUGGUGCAAGCGCUAGUCGAUUUCAACCCUGAGCUCCUUGUUCGGGAAAAUGCAGUGGGAAGGACUCCAGCUGAGGUUGCUCACGAAAAGGUUUUGAGCAAAACCUUUGAACGGCCAAACUCUUAUUACCGUUAUAAUGACGAUGAUUCGGGUGUCGCGGAGUUGAUCAGGCAGCAUCCAGACCACUUUCACUCGACAGAUACCAAAAACAGUGCCCAGCAAAGGGAUGAUCUUCUUCGACUACAAGAGUCGACUAGUCUACGAGAUGAGUAUGAGCCAAAGAUACUUGCCAGGCUCUUAGUCAUCCUCGGCGUUGAGAAUGUUGGAUCUCACGACAACAAAGUACCCGAUGACAAUGUCAGAAGACAAGUGACUUGGGAUAUUUGCCGGACAACACUGGCCAAGUCGGAGAACAAGCGCCGGCUUGUGAGUCUGAACGAGGCUAAUGAUGUGGCGCGUCGCUUAGGUGAGAGUCACUCUCAAUCAAGGUACUUCAGCGUUGAAAGCAGACACGAUGAGGAUGCCGAGCCCGCAGACGAAGACGACUCAAAGAAGGAAGACUACGUUUCAAACUUGGAGCGCAGCGCAGGACGAUGGAUUUUGCCAGUGGCGGGCGACCAGCCUCCCAAGUGCAUAGUUUGUAAAUCCAAACACGCUGCCGAUGCUUACGCAUGAGGAGUAGUAUUUCGAGUAUGUUAGUUUAACCUUUUAAUGAAGGCAAUGGUAUUCAUAGCUGUAUAUUAUGAAACACUUCUGUGUGCGUUAGUUGGCGGCAGUCGUCACGGUAAAGAGAUGUAUUCCUCAUGGAAUAGCUGCAAAGUAAUUGUCUUGUAAAAUUAUUCUAAGCAACUACGACACGAGGAGCGCCAUCGCCCCAGAUUCCAACAACAGCCAAGACAAAUGCAACUGCCGAGAGUCCUCCACGCACCACGAACGAUGUUGCAAGGCUCUCGAGCUGCGUUCGAACCUCGUCGCCAUGCAGGUCAUCAAUCUCCUCUUCGCUCGCAGUUUCGCUAUGAACGUCACCCAGGACCUCGUAGCUAGAUUCCAUUCGGGCGCGGGCCACGGGUUUCUUAGCAGGUACACUGCGUGGCGUUGCAGCAGCAGGCUUGGGCAGCAAGGCUGGCGCGACGCCGGAGAGUAUGGCGAGGACCGAGGUAUAGAGCAGGUAAGGGUGUCGAAGACGGCGCGGCGAGAAGGCGAAGGAGAAGAGAAAGGGGAUGGCAGCGAGAGAUGUCAAUACUCGAAUCGGCGUUUGGAGGGAGGCGUUGAGCGCCGUGAGCGCCAGCGAUGCGGACGACGACGACGGGAGAUGGAGAAGCGAUGGGAGGGUGAGGCUUGACACGGUGUAGGAGAGGCCCUAUAUUUGGAAGUUGGCGCCUUGGUUAGUCUGAAUAGUGUAUGUAUUGGUGCCAUUUACGAUCAGGGUGACCGUGCAAGCAAGCCGACAGCUGGACUAACCGUUAGUAGCCCGAGAGACACGGUCCCUACAAACUUGAGGGCCGGCGCGGCCUUGCAUAUAAGCAUGGCGAGAGAGUUGUACGCAGGCGAAAAUAAAAUAGUGAUGGGAUAGUCGGUUUUGGAUGAGUUACCAAGCGACGAGCUUCGCGAGUGGGAGAUAGUCAAGACUGUGUGGCGAUGAGGGGACUAUGCUGCGACUGGAAUCUGUGAUGACGCUAGCGCCGCGGACUUUGACGGCAAAAUGUUGGACGCCUAAGGAUUCAGUUAACGCAAAAGCCGAACCGCAUACGAGACUCAAUGAUCGGGGCGAGCAAAUUUUAGGUGUAGAUUAAUUGCUGCAACUGGCACAUUGGCCACAGAGCACUCGAGGGAAAUAAUCUACAGCGCUCUUUACAAAUUAAGCCAUUUGUCAAAUUCAUCAUCAUCACAAGAGCUAUCAGAGUCAUCCAUGAAAGGCUUCUUAGCCCUUUUAGCUGGCGGCUUCUUCGUCGGCCUAGUGGAGGUGCUCGAGCCUUUCCUAACCACCAGCGUGUCGACGUCUGGCAUAUCGUCGCUCUCUUGUGUAGCAGAAAAUGCCGUUGGUACAAAAAAAGGCUUCUCUUUUCUUGUGUUAGGCGUCUGAUCGUUGUUAUAAGAAGGUGAUGGAGCUGGUGAACCUUGAAGGCUAGAUGCUGUCUUGUUGUCCGACACAAUAAAUCCUAGUAGGUCCGACCCAAAGUCGGAUCCGUCAGAAUCAAGCUCAUCAGAGUCUCGAUCACAGUCAUCGCCAAUCUCGUCGAGUUUGAUCGAAUGGCUAACCUUGGCAGCCUUGUCCCUCUUCUUCCCUUUCUUAGAACAACGCUUUAUACGCCUUGUUAAUCCAAUCUCUUCGCCUUCUUGCAAAUCGGCAUCAUGAUAUCGGAUUUCUUUUGACCUUUUUACCGCCUUGGAGACAUUGACCGCUUUCGCUGCCUUUGCCUUACCAGGUUUCAUCAUGCUGAUCUCACCUGGCUGCGGAUCCUUAGGCGCUUGCUCAUAGUCGUGGUCCUCCAAAUCGUUAUCAUCCAAUUCUGUAAAAUGUUCAGGUAGCCUGCGUUUCAAUGUUCCGCCAUACCUAUCCGUUGAUGUUUGGCAAUCUAUUUUCUGUCCUGCUUCGGAUUCGUCAUCGGAGUUGACAAAUGGCUUUGCAAAAAUUUCUAGGUAAUUGCUGGUAUCGCAGUCUCGACAGUCUCGUACCAGGCUUUCUGAAUCGGUACCAAUGCUGCGCAGCAACGUGACGCAGCGUUUUGUGCGCAGCCCAUGUCGAACAUGAACAGUGGGUGUAAGCGUCCUUUGGAACUCUGGAUGUGCUGUCAUGCUUGGCAUCGCGGUCUCUUCAAUAGCACUGCUCGUAUAUGGUAGGUCACGAUAAGAACGUUCGAGAUCUUUAGCCUCAUCUUCGUCCAAGAUAACACAGUCCACACUCGGGCAAGGCUCCAAAUUGUCCAACUCGGGAUUCCGCCGUGGCAUGGCAGCCUCACGAGCUGCAACCAUCAAGUCUGUGACGUUUUGGAAUCCAGUUUCCACGCCAUCCGGCAUAUGGAACUUCUUCUUUGGCAUUUUCUUCCCAGCCAGGGCUCGUCUCUUCUUUGGUACUGGCAAUGACUGGUCUUUUUCAUUUUCCACCGGAAUAUCGAUAUGGCGUUUAUCAACUUCAGGCCGGAUACCUCUGGGGACGAUACGGGUCGAGAGAUCGAAUCUGAAGUUAAAUCUACUUCCUUCACAUAUCAAGCUUUGCAUUUUCUCGUAGUUGUCUUUUGAUUUUGCAAACUGGUCCUCUUCUUUUCCGCGCAUGAGAAGUAACACGAUGUUUCCUGCUCGCUUACGGCCAGUUCUUCCCAUUCGUUGCAGCAUGCGGAUAGGAGAUGCGGACGCAUCGUAACAAACAAUGAGGUCAACUUGGCCAAUGUCAAGACCUUCUUCUCCAAUAGACGUUGCCACCAACACGUUGAAGUCGCCUUUCCGAAAUUUUUCAAUGGUUUGAAUUUGUUGUGCCUGUUUCAUUCCCUCUCCACGUUUACCAUCGGCCUGGCCAACGAAUAUACUCGCCUUCAUUAAUGGCCGAUGCAGAUUCAAUUGUCUCACAAUAUCUUCCGCGGAGUCUCGGUAUUCGCUGAAUACUAUCACUCGGGUUCCAGAUGCUUCUCCUCUGUCCAUAAAGUGAUUCAAAACUGUUUCGGUCAGAGCCGUAAGCUUGGGGUGGCUGACAAAGGAGUUCUGCCGUAUCCAGAAGCUAAUUUUAUUCAUCAUAUCCUGAAAACUCGGGUGUUCAAUGAGUUGUCGCUUAUAUUUCGAGCCCUUGGCUCCUUUGUCUUCUGUUUCGUUACGAAAGUCAACCAUGUUGUCAUAAAAGGGUUUGAUCCCGUGAUAGUUUAGCAGCUUGAUCGAAUGCGCAAGGCUCGUCAAAACUACAAAGAUCGCUCUCAUCAUGAACUGAAUACCUUGGUUCACAUGUUUUCCCCGUGUAGCAAACCAGUCCUUCUGCGAUUGGAGCAAUCCAAAUGCGGUGAUAGCCAUGGGACUUCUGCCAUACCAGAUAUUCUGAGCACUCAAUUUGUCGAGCAAAGGUUUUAGUGCUUCUGAGAAUAGCUCACCAAUUAGGUUCAUCUCAUCGGAUGGGUCCAAUACCAUAGUCUCGAUGUUACGGUCGUGUACAUAUUGACGUAUAUCGAUAGAGUCUUCGGUUCGAAUCUCGCAAUGAGAUAUACCAAGAUUGUCAAUGACUUCCUGUACAGUCUCAAUUUUAGAACCAGGGGUCGCAGUCAGUGCUAAAACGCGGAAACUGUUGGAAAAUCUCCUAAUAAGUUUCGUCACUUUGGCAUAAGCAUAUUCUCCGACGGCGCGAUGCGCUUCGUCGAUGACCAGCAGACAGAUGCUCUUCGGGUCAGCAUACCCGUGAGAUAAGUCGUUCAGGAGUGUUUGUGGCGUCAUGAAGAAUACCCUUCGAUUGCUCCAUUCAUCAACGCGCAGAGCGGGAGCGAUGUCGCCGGUCAACAGUGUUGUCUCGGACCGUGGGAUGCCCGCAAUGUUGUAGCAGGCUUCGACUUGUUGGGAGACAAGAGGUUUUGUUGGUGCCACAAAAAUGAUUUUCGAAUUUUCAGUCCAUCGAUAGAAGUUUAGCAUAACUGUCGCGGCAAUGAAAGUUUUGCCUAAACCGGUCGGCAGCGCAACGAGUGUGUUGUUAAAUAAACUGUUCUUGACGAUGCUGAACUGAUAGUCACGAAUGGCGCCAAGAUUUGUGGGAUAAACCCAGGUUUCCAUGGCUUCUAAAUCAAGGCUAUGGUGACUCGGUACUUCGUUGAGAUCAGCCCGAUACAAUCUGCUUGUGUUUGGUUGCGACUCGGAGCUCGGUUUGUUGGAAAUAGUGCUGCCAAAUAACGUUGUUUGCUUAAACACGCCUGAGCCCGUUCGAUUCAGCCCUGGUCUAUAGACUGAUGAAUUUGUACUAUGGCUCUUUUCUGUAAUUCCGUUGCUCAAUUGCUGCGCCUGGUGUUGGGAAGGCCCAUCAAGGGCACGCUGGGACACAUUGUCCGUGAUCCUGUUUGGGGUAGCAAACGCCCCCAGAAUAUCGUCAUCAGCGACAUCCUCGUCAAAAUCGAAGUCUCCACAGUCCAUAUUGACAUUCAAUGCCAUGUAUUAAAGGAUUCGGUAAGUAUAUACAUUUUCUCAUAUACGGUGGUAGUGUGUUGCGGUGAAGAAACAACUGCUUGUCGUCAGUGAACCACGCACUCCUGGCAGAACACGCGCGGCGACCGCGAUCAAGACGCGAAAGGUGUACCAUAUCACGUGAGGCAUGAAGGACAACAUCGUCUACUUACUACAGGAGUAUACCCUUCUAUAUUUAUGAUUCUAUAUACUUUGCCUUCGGAAUUGAACAUUUAAUUUCAAAAUACAUAUCGUCUCCUCAGCAUUUUUCUUGUUCUUAACACCGGCG